UGGACUGAGAACAGCCCACCAACCACAAAUAUCCAGCCAACAGCGCCCUGUGGGCAGGACUAGAGGAUAACCAACACAAACUGUGCAGCAACUGAUGAGCUUCUACCUCUGUAUUUGCAUCUAAACCAGCAAGUGCACAAUGGAUUACAUGACUAUAGGUGGCCUCAAAUCCUAGCCUGCAGAACCUGUUUCUUUGUUCCUUCGGUGCACCCACACCAGGCUGCGCUGUUAAAGCAAAGAACAGCGAAGAAGCAAGCAUGCCCCUUUCAUGCUUCAGUUGGUCAAAAAUCCAUACUUAGGGCUGGUCACCAGACUUCAACUUCAGGGGGCAGGCCUUGUUUGAUUAAAGACUUGCAGGAGUCUAUUUACUCCUUAUGGCAGUCAAGGAAGUGUGGACACUGUUUACACUUGAGGAGGGGCAGCUCUUUUUUUUUCAAACUGAGAGAUACAUGUGACUUCUUGCAGGCUGGAGUUAGAUGGUGUGCAGGGCAGCUGAGGGAAGUAAUAGCUACAGAAUCAACUUGGGAACGAAUGAAGCUUCAGUCUCGCUGAGGUGCCUUCUCGCUCCAGCUUGUUUUCGGCUUUGACCACCUGCCUGGGGGGCCAAACAGCAGAGGAACCAGCCGUGGAAGCCUUUUAGACGUCCUUACACUAUCACCAUCAUCAGUCCAGUCUCCACCCAGACAUCCUGCCACCCCCAGACGCUUAACUACAGAGCACGACUCCAGGCUCCUUCAGAAUGUCUGCUGAACGUCAGUUGAACUUUCAGCUUCACUCAGACUAAAGCAACAAACCCUACUGUUCUGGAUUCCUUCACCCAAAGUACAACAUUUUGUGGAGAUACUGAGUUGAGGACUAGCUAAUGCUAGCUUGUAUGACUUUGAGCCCUAUACAUCUUCUCUAAAACAUCCUACUCUAUGGUAAAGGAAAGUAAAAUGGAUACAGUGUCUCUAAAUGCAUCUCUUCGUUCCGGAGGUCACAGUGUAGGCACAGACUCUCCAAAUCUGUCCAUGAAAUCCUGGGGCUUCACAAACGACACCGACUCCGUCAGGAGCCGACACUGGAACUUCUUCCUGGCUGCUAACUUCAUUGAUGUUGUGGAAAAAUGCAUGAGCUCAAUGCAGACAGGGACUCAGAUGGUGAAGCUGCGGGGCGGCUCCAAGGGCCUGGUGCGCUACUUCUACCUGGACGAGCACAAGUCCUGCAUCCGCUGGAGGCCCUCCAGGAAGAACGAGAGGGCCAAAAUUUCCAUCGACUCCAUCCGGGAGGUGUGCGAGGGUAAGCAGUCAGAGAUAUUCCAGCGCUACUCAGAUGGCAGCUUCGACCCCAACUGUUGCUUCAGCAUCUACUAUGGUGAACACAUGGAGUCUCUGGACCUGGUCUCUGGGACGGGCGAGGAGGCACGCACCUGGAUUACCGGCCUUAAGUACCUUAUGGCAGGCAUCAGCGAUGAGGACAGCCUGGCCAAACGUCAGCGUACCCGGGAUCAAUGGUUGAAGCAGACGUUCACUGAGGCGGACAAGAAUGGAGAUGGCAGUCUGAGCAUCAGCGAGGUGCUGCAGCUUCUGCACAAACUCAAUGUCAACCUGCCCAGACAGAAAGUCAAGCAGAUGUUCAAGGAGGCGGAUACGGAUGAUAACCAGGGAACGCUGGGCUUUGAUGAGUUCUGCUCCUUCUACAAGAUGAUGUCAACUCGACGGGAUCUAUACCUGCUGAUGCUUACUUAUAGUAACCAUAAAGACCACCUGGACACAGAUGACCUGGCACGCUUCCUUGAGAAUGAACAAAAGAUGACAAAGGUCACCAAAGAGCACUGUCUCGAAAUCGUCGCCAAGUUUGAGCCUUGCCCUGAAAACCAGAAACAGGGGGUUCUGGGUAUUGACGGUUUUACGAAUUACAUGCGAAGUCCAGCGGGGGACAUCUUUAACCCUGAACACUACGAGGUCAACCAGGAGAUGACCGAGCCUCUGUGCAACUACUUCAUCGCCUCUUCUCAUAACACCUAUCUAAUGGGGGACCAGCUGAUGUCUCAGUCUAGAGUGGACAUGUAUGCCUGGGUGCUGCAGGCUGGCUGCAGAUGUGUGGAAGUGGACUGCUGGGAUGGACAGGACGGCGAGCCAAUUGUACACCACGGCUACACUUUGACAUCCAAGAUCCUCUUCAAAGACGUCAUUGAGACCAUCAACAAAUACGCUUUUGUCAAGAACCUGUAUCCGGUGAUCCUGUCCAUAGAGAACCACUGCAGUGUUCCUCAGCAGAAGAAGAUGGCUCAGUAUCUGGUGGAGAUUCUGGGGGAAAAGCUGGACCUGUCAUCCGUCAGCACCAAUGAGUCUGGACUUCUGCCCUCACCCGAUGCCCUCAAAGGCAAAAUCCUCGUCAAGGGUAAGAAGUUGCCCCCGAACAUUGAUGAGAAUGCGGAGGAGGGUGAUGUGUCAGACGAGGACAGUGCAGAUGAGAUGGAGGAUGACUGUAAGCUGAUGAACGGGGACACUUCUAUGAAUAGAAAGCAGGUGGAGAAUGUAGCGAAGAAGAAGUUGGACAGUCUAAUGAAGGAGUCAAAGAUCAGAGACCGUGAGGACCCAGACAGCUUCACCAUCGCCGCCCUGCCUUCAUCAGGCAAACACGACGAGAAGACGGACAUGAAGGGGAAAGGAGAUGAUGCGAUGGACACUGGCGACGAGGCCAACCCCAGCACCAACAAACGUCUGGCCAGGUCAUUCAUGGGCAGCUUCUCUAAACGCAAAAAAAAGACAAGUAAGCUGAAGAAGGCGUCCAGUUUUGAGGACACAGACACGGAUCAGGAAAGCUCCAGCAGCGCCUCCAAAGCCCCCUUACACCAUAGCAGAAGGAAGAAAACCAUGAAAUUGUCCAGGGCUCUAUCUGACCUGGUGAAAUAUACAAAAUCUGUGGCCAUGCAAGACCUGGAGACACAAGGUGGCAGCAGCUGGCAGGUUUCAUCACUGAGUGAGACCAAGGCACACCAGUUGAUGCAGCAGAAGCCGGCACAGUUUGUGCGCUUUAACCAGCGGCAGCUGUCCCGCGUCUAUCCCUCGUCCUACCGCGUGGACUCCAGCAACUUCAACCCGCAGCCCUUUUGGAAUGCUGGCUGCCAUCUGGUGGCUUUAAACUACCAGUCCGAAGGCCGAGUCCUUCAGCUGAAUAGAGCCAAGUUCUACACCAAUGGCAACUGCGGUUACGUCCUGAAACCCAAGUGCAUGUGUGAAGGCCCCUUCAACCCGAUGCUGGAGGACCCCCUGCCUGGCCAGAUGAGGAAACAGCUGGUGCUGAAGAUUAUCAGUGGCCAGCAGUUGCCCAAACCCAAAGACUCCAUGCUGGGAGACCGAGGAGAGAUCAUUGAUCCUUUUGUGGAAGUUGAAAUAAUCGGCCUGCCAAUAGACUGCUGUAAGGAGCAGACCAGGGUCGUGGAUGACAACGGGUUCAACCCGAUGUGGGAGGAAACCCUGGUCUUCACUGUACACAUGCCGGAGAUUGCACUUGUGCGUUUUCUGGUUUGGGAUCACGACCCCAUUGGCCAAGAUUUCAUUGGCCAGAGGACCAUCGCCUUCAACAGCAUGAUCCCAGGUUACCGCCAUGUGUAUUUAGAAGGGAUGGAGGAGGCGUCGAUCUUUGUUCAUGUGGCUGUAAAUGACAUCACUGGUAAGGUGCGGGCAGCCAGCGGUAUAAAAGGGCUGUUUCACAGAAACCCAAAGCAGGCUUCUCUGGACAGCCAUGCUGCUGCGCUGCGCGGCCGUAAACCACCCUUUGGCGCCCACCUGCUUCGUCGUACGGCCAGCGCGCCCACAAAGGGCCAACCCAAAGUCAAGCGCGGCUUCCCCGAGAUCUCCAUCGACACCAAAGACUGCAGUUCGGAGGGAGCCAGCGAGGAGCGCGAGUCGGAGGAGGGCCCGGCCGCCCACCCCAAUGGGGAUGCGGCGGCUUCGGCGGCGCAACAGUGGGAGCAUGGCACCAAUGGGCAGCUCCACCCGGACGACAGCAAAGACCAUUCCACAGUGCAGAGACCCACUCCUUCUGUGCACCUCCUGGAAUCCAUUGCUGAAGAAUUUCAGGAGAAAACUCCUUUGACGUCAAUGAGCAGUCCAGCCGAUACCUCACCACAUUGCCCCAAUCACUCUUUUAGUUCACGUCCACCAUCUACAGCAAUAACACCCACUUCCAAGAAGGACAUCCAUAGCCCUGUAAAAACAAAUGAGGACAUUUUGCAGCUCCCCGUUCCUGCACACUGUCUUUCCCCCAACAUAAGCAGUGGGGAAGACCACUUCAGCAGUCCUCUGUCCAUGAAUUACCUUGAUAUUGGGAGCAAUAAGCCCCUUGUGCCAGAGCAAGCAGGAGUUGAGGCAGUAUGUUCUGUAAGAAAUAGGGUAGAGGAUGCCACGAGUGUUGCUGUUAAGACAGGACGGACUUUAGAGACAGAGACUGCAGCUGAUCCCGCUACAGCUCAGAGGGUGCAGGCCCUAAAGGCCUUGUUUGACAGGGAUGUGGGGCGAGGCUCACAGCCCGGUCCCAGGACCCCCAUCCGAAGGACCAAAAGCGUCGGGCAGGUAAGGACAACCGAAGAGCCAUCAGUGGUGCCUGAGGUGUCUAUUGAUGCAACUGUGAACGACCGACUCUGGGUCAAGCUGGAUCCAGGCAGCCAUCGGGAUAGCGUGUCGUCCUCCUCCAGCAUCUCCUCCAGCGACACUGUGAUCGACCUCUCCUUGCCCAACCUGGCCAGAAAGAGCCUGACUUGCCUUCGAGCUACUGCCCGGGACUGUCCAGACAGCCAGGCCGCUAAGGCCGGCUGGAUUCCCCAGGCUCGUUCGGCAACGACCGUGUGCGUUAGCAAGAGCAAGUCCAAUCCCAAUCUACACGACGGGCAAAUGUGUGACCCAGCGGAUGAGCUUCAGCCUAGGCCUCUGUCCAGCGAACAUGAUGCUAACCGGCUAAUGCAGCGGCGUCACACUUGGAGUAGGCUGUACAUGGAGGGCUUGAAGCAGUCGUCUGCCUCCUCCAAAAGAUCUGCAGCCUCUUUAUUGAUGAAAGAUGCGGAUGCUGGCUCCAAGUCCAAGAGCCUGGGUGAUCUCACAUCUGAUGACAUUGUGUGCAACUUUGACAGCAAGUACCGAAGCAUCAGCCGCAGCUUCAUUACCAGGCCCACCCGUCAGCACAGGGCACAAAAGAAGGAACCCCGGGAUGACCUGACGGAGCGGCUGAAGCAGCUGACUGAUGUGGAACCACUGACGAGCAGUGAUUUCACAUCCCAACGACGUGACUCGGAAGCUGGACCUGAAGAAGGGGAGGAAGAGGAGGCUCCCCCAUUGAGGCGGAGCUCCUCACGCAGCCAGAGCCGUGUUCGCUACAUUGCUAACCGCGCCAGGCAGGCCCAGGAGAGGCAGAGGCUGCAAGGCCUUCUGAGGUCUUCUGGAAGCCCCAUUGAGGAGCGGGGCAUCCCAGAGGGAGCCUGUAGUGUGGCCCGAAGCCCCUGUGCUAGCUUGGACCUCCUGAGUCAGCUUCCAUCUGGCCCAUCCCACCAGAGCCCCCUCAGUCCGGACAAUGAGGUUUUUUUCAUGCUCCGGCUCUGACAGAGAGAGCGCUAUGUUUGAGGUUUUGCGGACUAUCCAACAGAAACUUGCGCACUCCUACGUAGCACCAGAUGAAUGGUUCCUGAGCCUGCAUCUAGAGUACCCCUACCCUGUAUUUGUUGCUUGCUCUAAUGAAGUGGUUCCCAACCCUGGUCCUGGAGUACACAUUUUAGUUUUCCCUGCUCCUAACACACCUGAUUCAACGUUUCCGCUAAUUAACAAGCACUUCCUGAGCUGAAGUGGGUAUGUUAGAGCAAGGAAACAAAAUUUGUGGGACAAGGGGUACUCCAGGACCAGGGUUGGGAAUCUGUGCUCCAAUGCAUCUAACUUAUCUAAUCAGCUAAUUAGCAAGCCCUGUUUGACUUAAAAUGGAUAUAUCGGAGCAGCAAAAGCACUAAAAUAUGCAAGACAGAGGUACUCCAGGACAAGGAUUGGUGACCCCUGCAUCAUUGUUAUCCUUGCGCUAAAAGGAUCCCAUCAUCAAAAGUAAUGGGCAUUUGAAUUUCAGAAAAUGAAUCAUUUGUGUUUUGUGUUGUUUUUUAGGUGUAUUUACAGAGGAAGUCCGUUUAGUCUUAUUAGUUCAGUCACUGGGGAACCCACUAGAAAGAUCUUAUAUGAAAUUUGUUGUAUCAGACAUCUGUCUUGUACACUACUACUUCAGUAAACCUUCCAUUUGUGGCUUGGCAAUAUGACAGUUUCAUUAGUACACACAAAUUAAUUUUUGGCAAGGAUGUUGUCAAGACAGUGAUCCAUCAGGCCCAGCAAGUAAUAUGGGGAAGAGGAUGAAAUGUGAAUGGAACGUUACAAAAGUCCAUAGAACUGCAGGUCGUAUAUAUGUUUAAGCUCUAAGAAGAGCCUAAGCUUUUGGUGCAAAGCCAGAGGGACAAGCAUUUUUUUCAGUAUAUUAUCCUAAAUGCACUCCUUAUUGUUGAAAACUGGAACAUGAUAUGGAAACCAAACGUCCUCAAAGUGAUAUUGCAUCUUGAUUUUUGUCAUUUUUAGUUGGUCUGCUGUAGCAAUAGAGGACUAAAUACAGAUGAUGAGUUGUAUGAUUCUCAUUUCCAUCGUUUAAAUGCUUAGAAAUGUUUACUACUACUUAAUCAAAUACCAAUGCAUCUUAUUGGUGUUGUUAUUGGUGUAAUUUUUUAUAACAAAAAGCAUGGAAUGUAUUUGCUACACUAAUUUAUUGUUUCUUGAAAUGAUCUUUGAAAAAAAAAAUUGGCUUUUUUUUCAUAUUCCUUGCAUUAGCUGAAAUGCACAAGCACAAUUAAUUUGGUCCUUCCUAGUUUAGCUUUAUUUUUAUAUUCUUUUAGCUGGAAAUGAAAUUACAAGUGGCAGUUUUCACCACUUAGGCUUAAGCUUUUAAUAUUUCAGUGUAUGUACUGUAUAAAGUAUUAUUAUCUGGCUCAUGUACAGUAGCUGUCCCCUAUUUUUCAGUUUGUUGCAUGUCAGUAAAAUUGUAAACUUUCCUAAUGUUUCUCAUUUUAGUUUUAGUUUCAGUUUUCAGCAGCACAGCUUGUUGACGUGUCUCCAGUAUGUACCUGUCUUUAAAGAAUAAUGUUGAAUAUGAGUCCCCUGAUACAGUUCUUCGAUGACGCACGACAGGAGGGAAAUAAAUUUCUACAGAGCACAUCUCUCACUUUGUACUGUAAUGUUUUGCACUGUCCUGUCAGAUAACUUUGCAAGAGUCUGAGAACAUUUUUAAGUAAAAGCAUAUGUAUAUAGA